AUUUUACAAUCACCAACCAACAUCCGGAAGCGAGGCUUGACGUCCCACGGUACCACCAGACUGGCAGUUUUGUAGGGUAUUCCUACAAUUUUACCAAGUCAACGUCGAGUCAUAUUUUCUUAUUCUCCAUUUCACAUCGUUUUUCAUCAACCAUUAUAAUGUCCGAGUCGGAAGUAUCCAUCAGUGUCCAGGAAAUCGCCGACAGUCUUCCAGCUGACGAGAACACGAACAACGUGAGUGAUGCACUACCCGAUACAGUCACAGAGACUUCCUUAUCUAAAUCUUUACCCGUCUUACGUGUCGAAGAGCUUAAGGAUGAGCUAAAUAGUAGUUUCUCCUACACAAGUGGCGAAGAGGACCACAGCCCACACGCGUCAGAUGACCCAGAGAGGAAGGACAACCAGGAGGAAGAUUUUGUUCCUCCAACUGAUGAACUUAAAGACAAAAUAAUCAAACAGGUUGAGUUUUACUUCUCUGAUGCGAAUAUUUUAAAAGAUGCUUUCUUGCUUAAACACGUGAGAAGAAAUAAACUUGGUUAUGUGAGUAUAAAAUUGAUAACAUCCUUCAAGAAAAUGAAAAGUUUGACUAAAGAUUAUCGUGUAGUAGCUUACAGUCUAAGACAGUCGGAGCAGCUAGAAGUAAAUGAGGAAGGCAAGAAAGUUAGAAGAAAAAACCCAGUACCAGAAUAUGAUGAAACAACGCCCUCGAGAUCAGUGCUGGCAAUAAACUUGCCAAUGGAGACCCCAUCAAUUGAGAAUAUUGCUGAAAUGUUUUCGAAAUGUGGUGAAGUAGCCCUGAUACGCAUUCUUAAACCAAAUAAGUCUAUUCCUCAAGAUAUUAAAAAGCAUUCUAAUAAACAUCCUGAAAUUGGUACAACUACUUGUGCUGUAAUUGAGUUUGAAAAACAUGAGCAUGCUAAAAAAGCUGUAGAUACAAUGUGUGAUAAAGAUGAUUGGAAGAAGGGUUUGCGGGUUGUGCUGUUGUCUGAAAACAAGAAAAAGGCUGAGAAAGCGAAUGAUAAAGAUCAUAAUGAAAAACGUGAUGUUCAUGAAGGUAGUGGUGAUGAUGAUAAAAAGAAAAAAAAGAGGGGUGGUAGAAGAAAUAAAAAUAGACAUUUAGAUUCAGCCCAUCAUGAGGAUUCGGCAUGUUAUAGCAGUGGUUCAGAACAUGAUCCGCCAAGUAGGCAAAAUGCUUCACUGAGUCCGAAUCAUUUUGAUGGAAAUAAGUUGAGUCCUACAAAUAGCCCCAGAUCUAGUCCAAGGUCAAGUCCUAUGACCAGUCCGAGAAGUCAACGCAGAAGAUUAGGUCCUCAUGGAAAGUCACCUUUGGCAGAGCAUAGCCCUGGAAGUAGUCCGAAACCAAGUCCUAGAAGUAGUCCUGAGAGCAGCAGGAAACGUUAUGACUAUUCUUCAGGUGGUGACAGUACACCAUCAAGUCCUUGGGUUCAGAGACGCUUGAAAGCAGCCCAAGAAAUGAGUAAGAGCCCCUUAGUUGGUAACAGUCCAGUUGGUAGUCCAUCAUUAGGAAGGAAGAAAUUAGCAGAUUUAGGCGGUCUGAUAAGGCAGCCAAAAGGACCUGAUGGUACUCGAGGUUUCCAUCUUGGACGUGGGAAACCAAGAGCAAGUACUUUCUCGUGAAUGAUCAUAUCAUUGACAUGAUGGCUUUAGUUUUGUUAUCUCAAAAAAAGUGUGCUUCACUUGAUGAGUGUGCCAGACAUAUUGUUUCAAAGUAAAGACAGUUCUUCGUUGUUUCAUUCUGAAGGGGAACAGUAGUUUGAACCAUUGAUUAGGAGUUAAUUAAAAUACAUUUUCUUUGUUUCUCUAAAUGAAAAUUGAUGUUCAAAUUUGAAGCAAAAUAUGAUUUUGCCAAUGUUAUUUCUUUUCUUUUUUUGUAUAUUACGAGCGAAAAUGUCUUUAACAUUAUUAUUUAAUGCUAUUCAAGCAAAUGCUCUAAGUAAAUAAUUGUAUCCUGGUAAAUCAGGAUGUCUGUAUAUUGAGUGAAUUACUGGGAUUUGGUAUCACUAGUUAAUGUUGAAUAUUACUGUUGUUUUGCAUACAUGUGUGUGCUGCUUGAGUGUUAUACCUUAAUCAUAUUGACGUAAUGUGAUGUAUAAAGAAUCCCAUUGUUGUUAAUUACAUUGACCUGUUUGAUACAUCUAUAAAUACAUGAUAAAGGAAUAAUUUGAUCUGAAAUAAAUCUAUUUUGCCACAACCAUUUUAAUAUGUUUUAAAUUAUUUCAAAAGACAACAUAUGACAUGUAUAAUAUUUUUUUACAUUAUUUUGAUAGAAACAAUUACCAGGGCAAGUUUUUCUGGUGGUUUUAGGUACUGCAAGAGCAGCUAUGUCGGAUUUUAUCAUUUGAAGGAAUUUUUCUUAACUUAAUCAUUCAUAUUAUAAUAUCAUUAUAAUUUUAUUCCAAUGUUAAAAAAUGUUGUUUUUAAUGCUUUGGUUGUCUUUUAUUCAGCUAAUAGUGUAUAAACUACAGUAACAUAUUUUAAUAUACAUGUGUCUACAUAUUUAUAGAAAGAACCAAUUUACAUCUUUUUUUCCCCUGAAUCUGUUUGGUUUUUAGCAUUUCUUUGAAACAAAAUCUUCUUGCCACUAAUGGCUGUGGGUUAAAAACCCUACAGUGACUUCAAAUUAUUUCAUGUGAGGAAGCUAUCCAGCUAGCUUAGGGAACAUAAAUAAUUCUAGUAAGGUGCCUGUUUGUGUCUGAAAUAUUGCACGGAAGGGCACCUGAGGUCUUCCUUCACAAGUAAAGCUGAAAAGUCGCCAUAUGACCUAGUGUUGAUGUGAUAUACAACAUAACCCAAAAAAACCCAAGAUCAUUACUGUUUUGUGUUGACAGCAAUAUUUUCCUGUUGGUUUCCCCCAAAUGAACAGGAAUGUGGUGGUAGUUACUAGUCAUAAAAAACACAUUAUUAAAGUCAUCAUGUUUUUAUUCACAUAUCUGUAUAUAUUAUAGCUUUAUAUUUUAGGUCUUACCAUAUUUUCAUUAUGUCUAUAAAGUUGUAACAUUUUACAUGAGCUAUUGGUACUUGUGUUUGUUUUAAUCAUUAUAAUUGAUCUGUUACUAGAAUUGAUUUAUUUCAUUAUUGACCAAUGGCAUCACGUUUCUGUUUUUGUAGAAGCACAACUUUCAGUAAAACUGUAACAUCAUGUAUUUUGAAAAAACUUUGAUGCUUGACUGUCGGAAAUACAGGUAAUGAUCUCUUGAUAAAAUGGAAAAUGAUGUUUAAGUUGGUAAUAUAAAUGUUAAGAAUAUGUUGAGUUUAAACACAAACAGGUAUAUUGAAAAAAACAACAAAACGAAACCAAACCAGUUUGUAUGAGGUAAUAAUAAUAGACAAACAAAGUUUUUGGGUCAUCGAUUACUACUUAAUAAAAUUGUCCAUUAAAUUUGUUUUUACUGUUAUUAAAAAGCAGAGCAAUUUAUUGGUGACAUUUUAAAGCAAUUUCAUAUUUUUUAUUCUACAUUUGAAUUCAUUUACGUCAUCAAUAAGGCUUACUAGUUUUAUGUUGUUUGUUUUUUUGAAGCAUAACAGAAAAAUGUAUAUUAUCAUAUAUUGUGGGUGAUUUGUCACAAUGAUUUUGAGUAAUGGGCUCAUCACUUGUCAUCUGCCAAAAAAAGUAGCAUUGUUUUUUCAAUAGACUGGUUUAAAGUCCCUCUGCUUUUGAGAUUUGGAUAGUAUUUGGUGAGUUACGGCAAAUUUUGCAUUAAGAAUCCCACCCUAAAAUCCCACUGUGAUCACCAAUUAGUUGCAUUCUGAACCAGGCAAUAAAUGGUGAUUAUAAUAAACUGGUGUGGUUUAUUUUAAUUGUAGCAUUUCUUUUGAUUUUUAUGCCACCGCAGCAUCUGCGAUGCGGUGGCAUAUAGCGAUUCACCUGUGUGUGUGUGCGUGUGUUUGUUUGUUUGUUUGUGUGUGUGUGUGUUAUAUAGAUUAUAUAGUGAACUUAAAAAAUCUUCUUGUGAAAAACCACUAGUCCAAUUUCAACCAAACUUGGCAGGAUUGAUCCUUGGGUGAAGGGGUUCCAAAGUUGUUCAAAGAAUUUCAUUCCAUGCAGAAAUCUGGUUGCCAUGGCAACCAAAAAGAAUUAAAAGAAUAAAUUUAAAAAAUCUUCUUGUAAAGACCCAAAAGGCCUAGAGCUUAGAUAUUUUGCAUAAGGCAUUGUCUGGUAGACCUCUACCAAGAUUGUUCAAAUUAUAGCCCUGGGGUCAAAAUCGGCCCCGCCCCGGGGGUCAUUGAUUUUCACUAUAUGUACAGUACAGCUCGCGCGGAAUGUACUUUUUUCCUUUUCCCUCCGCGGAACUUGGGAGGAAAAUCGCCGAGAAACUCCAUAAAACUCCGCAAUUUUCGGAGGUGUCGCGGAGACAGAAAUUCGCCGAAAGCGGCGGUAUUUUACUUAAAAAACGGUGUAUUUCAGUCCUCAGCGAUUCUCCGUGACUUUUCUUUCAAUUGGUGCAAAUAAAAUUCAUAAAAAUGAUCAAAAUAAAAGAAAUUGUUUCUUGUAAAUGUAUGUUGUAGAUCUACUUUCGAUAUUAGCAAGGAUAUUAUCUGUUACCUGGCCGCGGUAUUCCGGACCAUUGCACACGUGUUUAUAUUUAUACCUAUGACAUAAUAAUAGAGAUGAGCGUAUAUUAUAUCAUAUGCAUAUGUAUAUUAUUUAAACUUGAUGAAUGCAGACUUGUUCAUAAUUUUAUGAGACACCUAUUAUGCGUUGUCUUUCAACGAAUUUAUUUCAAACAAUUCAUGUUAACAGAAGAUCUAAACUUUUGUAAAAGUGAUUGUUGUUGUUGUUCUUGUAGUAACUGUGUACGGUUUUAAUGUUAGGCCUAAUUGUUUUUGUGUAUCAUCAAAUUCAAUACAUUUAUAUACAUGUUUAUCUUUAGAUCCAUCGUCUCUUCCCGUGGGUCAUUGAUUUUCACUAUAUGUACAUAUAGUAAAAACUUAAAAUACCUUCUUGUAAAGACCCAAAAGGCCUAGAGCUUAGAUAUUUUGCAUAAGGCAUUGUCUGGUAGACCCUUACCAAGAUUGUUUAAAUUAUAGACCUGGGGUCAAAAUCGGCCCCGCCCCGAGUGUCAUUGAUUUUCACUAUAUGUACAUAUAGUAAAAACUUAAAAUACCUUCUUGUUAAAGACCCAAAAGGCCUAGAGCUUAGAUAUUUUGCAUAAGGCAUUGUCUGGUAGACCCUUACCAAGAUUGUUCAAAUUAUAGCCCUGGGGUCAAAAUCGGCCCCGCCCGGGGGGUCAUUAGUUUUCCUUAUAUGUAUAUAGUAAAAACUUAUAGUAAAAACUUUUAAAAAAUUUCUUCUAGCAAUUGACAAAUGCUAGAGGUUAGAUAUUUUGCAUGAAACAUUGUGAAGUGAACUUCUAGCAAGAUUGUUGUUGAAUUAUAGCCCUGAUGUCAAAAUUGCCCCCGCCCCAGGGGUCAUUGAUUUUAAAUAUAUAUAUAUAUAGUAAAAAAUCUUAUUGUCUGAAGGUACAAGGCUUAGAGCUUUAAUAUUUGUUAAAUGAUAUCAUCUAUAGGAACUCUACCAAAGUUGUUCAAAUUUUGCUUCUAGUGUCAAAAUUAGCCCCGCCCCGGGGGCCAUAGGUUUUCCUUAUAUGUAUAUAGUAAAAAAUUAAAAAAAAUCAUUUUCUCUCAAUUUACAAAGGCUAGAGUUAAGAUAUUUUGCAUGAAACAUUGUGUAAGGAACCUCUAGCAAGAUUGUACAAAUUAUAGCCCUGGGGUCAAAAUUGGCCCCACCCCCAGGGGUCAUUGAUUUUCACUAUGUACACAUAGUAAAAAAAUAAAAAAUAUUUUUGUCUGAAGGAACAAGGGAUAGAGCUUUGAUGUUUGCUAUAUAAUAUCAUCUAUAGGUCCUCUACUAAAGUUGUUCAAAUUUUUCCCCUGGUGUCAAAAUUGGCCCUGCCCGGGGGCAGUGAUUCUCAUAAUGUACACAUAGUAAAAACAGAAAAUAAAACAAAUGUUUUCUGAAAGCUACAGCUUAGAUAUUUGACUUGAAAUGUUGUUUGGUGGACCUGUAUCAAGAUUGUUUUGAAUUAAACCCUUGGGUCCAAAAUUUUGCCUUGCCCAAGGGGACAGUGACCUACUUUCUUGUCCUUUGAUGUACAGCAAUGAAAUUUUGACCAUGUGCACAGUUUUAGUUGUAAAAUUGAACUUUGAUAUCAGGUGACCUAGAUUUUGUUGAUGUGACCUACUUUCUUGUCCUUUGAUGUACAGCUAUGAAAUUUGAACCCUGUGCACAGAUUAAGAUGUAAAGUGAACUUUGAUUUCAGCAGACCUAGAUUUUGACAAAGUGUCUUACUGUGUUGUCCUUUUGAUGUAGUCAUGAAAUUUAGGCUGUGUGAAAUAGGCUUCACCACCAAAUUCACUAGACUCGAGUGCAUUGAUAUACAGUAAACUUCACUUAUAGCGAACACGGUUAUAGCGAACUUCCGGUUAUAAGGAACAAUUUAUUUUGGCCCAAAUUUUGCCCUUCUUUAUUUAAUAUAAAAAUAUACGGUUAUAGCGAACACGGUUAUAAGGAAUUAUCGCUUAUAAGGAACUCAUUUCUUAGUCCCAAUUUAGUUAAAAGUGCAUAAAAUUAUACUUUUAUAACGAACUCCAAAUAUCGGCUAUCCGUAAAUAUAUCCCGCAUUUCAACUUUCGUUGAAUGUACCGUUUAUUGUUGUAUGUAAUUCAAUAUAUGAAAAUGAAUUUGUAUAGAAGUAUGUAAUAGUUUUCUAUUUUGGAUAUUUUUAGCUUGAGUUCUUGUCACAAAGAUAAAACGGUAAUUCCUUUUAUUCUAUAAUUUCUUUUCUUUAAUAGUUUUGCUCAGGUAAGAUAAUUAUCGGUUUUCAACAUAAUCACACAUGCUUGCAAACAUAAUCCAUAGAAAACUACAAAGUAUGCUUGAUUGAAAUGAAAAGAAAUCUAUAUAUUUCAUAAGUUCAAGUCACCCUUAAAAUAUAAUAGAAGAUAUUCAAUAUAAAAGGAAGAAAAAUGGUUUAUUCUCAUUCAUUGAAAGAAAACGAAAAGCACUGAGUUAAGAAAGAAAAUAUGAUUUUUUAUGAAAAAUUGAGAAAGGGAGUAAAACUAAAACUGAAAUAGCAAAUGAUUUUCAAAUUCCAAAAUGUACACUCUCGUGUAUUGUGUCUAAAAAAGAAAUAAAUGACUUAUUAUUCUAAAUCAAAUGCUCUUAAAAAUGGCAGACGAUGUUUAACAAUCAGUUCGUUAUAUGUAAAUCUGUUCGCUAUAAAAAUUCCUGAUACAAGGAACUAAUUCGCUAUAUGCUUACAAGGAACUCCGGAUAUAAGGAACAGAUUUUGAAUGUCCCAAUGAGUUCGUUAUAAGCGGAGUUUACUGUAUUCCUACUCUGAUCUUUUAUUGAGUUAACAUUAGAUUUAACCACUUAUCUGAUAAUAAGAAUAAGAUAGGUCAGGGAUCUAUGCUUUAUGACAAUCUUCAAAAUUGUAAAGAAACAAUAAAAAUCUGUUCCUACACUACUAUUUAGUGUUGUAUUAAUGCGGUGGCAUAGCAUUUUUCUCAAAUGCAAUCUUGUUUUAUAAUUGUUUGGUGCAUUGUUGAAUGUUUUUUCCGCAAUUUGAAACCUGUAUGUAUGACCUUGUGUUAAUGUUGUUUGUUAAUGUAUGAAUUAAUAUUUUAGAAGUACUCAAUGAAACUAAAAAAGAUAAAUAAUAUUAAGAAAAGAGUCCGGGUGAGAAUUGUUUUUAACAGAUCUGUUUGCUAGUUGCAAUGCUGACUUACCUAUGUCACUGUGUAGAUAAAAGAUUUGAUUUGCACAUUGUCACAGUUGGACCCCUGGUCAACUGGCUGUAUACAGUUUGCUGCUCAGUUUUUGGGAUUUGAUGUGAGAAUGAUGAAUGUUUUAUGAUAGAAAGUCAAAAUGUGACAAGUUCCUUGAUAUGAUGUCAGUAUCGUGCAUGUUAAGGACAAGAAGUACCUCCCUAGAAGGGAAAUACAUGUGUAUUUGAUUUGGUAUGAAAAAGAUAUUUCAUUGUUGUAUGAAAAAGAUAUUUCAUUGUAGUGUAUAUAAUCUAUUCGUAGACAUAUUUUAAAUGAACCUUCUUAACAGUUAUAUUAUUUUAGAGAGAAUAUGCACAUUUAGAUAUGUACAAGGAAAAUGUACAGAUAUAAGGAAAUAUUUUUUUUCAAUACAUGAUCAUGAUGGGAUUGAAUUACACAACAUUUUGUUGCUAAUUUUCAAGUUUGAAUUGCAAUAAGCUCUGAUAUUUUCUGAUUUUUUUUCUACUUUUUUUGAUCAAUUUGGGUCAUGUAGGCAGUUGGAAAGUAUGCAGAACUUAAUUUUACGAUGAUUUUACUGUAUAUAUGGUACUGCUCAAAUGUUUUAUUUGUUGUUGUUUUUUGUUGUUUUACAUUCCAAAUCUGUAAAUACAGAAUGCCACUUGAUUUGUGCAGGUCAGCACUUUUAAGGGUAACAUUGUUUUUGUUUGGUUUUUUUUCUAAAAAAAAAACAAUAAUGGCAAGAAGCUGAGAGCAAUUUCUAAUUCAUUGUACCAUGAUAUUGAGCCAAUUUAUAUGUUUUUACACAGAAUUCCACAAAAAAUCGGGUGCUACCCAUCUAGAACUUCUCGUCAAUAUCAUUCAGAUAAUUUGGUCUUUCAGCUGUGAUAUAUGCAUUUUUAUUUUUCUAUAAUUUUUCCAUAGAAUCUCGAAUAUUUGUACUCCUCACAGCGCAGUGUACUCAUACUAUACCUGUUGUUGCCUGUUUGUCUCCAUUGUUGUCCUCAAUCUUUAAGCCAUACUUUACAUUGAAAGGGCCUAAGUUGGAUAAGAUAUCAAUUAAGAUAAACUAUUUUUGGAUCAAAAUGAUUACCUUUACUUUAGGGCAAAGUUUUAAAUUUACUAUUUAACAUUUGGGUUGUUGAACUUUAAGAAAGAUACAAGAGACAAUGGACCUUUGGUAUUAUUCACUUAGUAAAGUGAAUUUUUUUCAUAUUAAAAAAAAGUGCCAAGAUAAUGUCGCCUUUGAGAACUUCAUAUCUGAAAAGAAAAGAACAAAUACUGCUAGUUAAAAGAUAAAUUUCUAGAUAGCAAGUGAUUGAUUUUUUUUUUCAAGGCAAAAUUUGAUUUUUAUUUUUUUACUUACAUAAUAGAAAGAUAAGAUUUGAAAAAGGUUUUAGAUUGAAAUAGCUUGUUUCUUUGAAAUUAAGCCUUUUAGUGUAAUUAAGGUGACAUAGCUUUGUAAGUUUUAUCAUUUAAUUUUAAAUGUUUUUUUAAAAACAUGCUUUUAAUGUGUAAUAACUAAUAUGGUUAAUUAAAAAAAAAAUAGAUAUAAUAUUGAUAUUUCAUUAUUUGCCUUAUUGGUCAAAAUAAGAAAAAAAAUGUUUACAGGUACAUGUGAACUUUAAAAUGUUAAAAGUUACUCUAUGUUAUUAUGACAUGACAUUGAAGGAAAAAAAUAUAUUUGAGAAAAAAGAGAUCAUUUCUUUACAACUAUGUUUUAUUACAUUAGUCAUGAAAUUAAUUCAGAAAUAUAUGCUAUUUAUUUACAAAAAUAGACCUAAAUAUUCACCUUUCUGUGCUUGGAAUGAGAGAGGAAAUGUCCCUCAUUUAACUGCUUUUAUAACUGCCAAAAUAAAAAGAUAUUGUACAUGUAUAAAUGAUAAGAUUGAAUGACAUGGUACAUAUUUAUUAGUUUGCAUCUGUGAAAGGAUGAUUUGUUGUUUUUUGUCAAUUUUAAAGGUGAAUUGUUUUGUAUUACAUACCAAAAAUGAAUAAAUGUUUUCUUUUUUUCACUCAGUGUGUUUUUUCAUUGCAUAGAGUUGAUGUUUCUAAUGUAGAAAGAACUACAAUUUCAUUGCAAUGUUGUAGAAAAAUAAAUAUCUGGUGGUUUAUAAGUAACUGUUUAAAUAAUAGCCUGAUGACAACAACAGGUUCUGCCCUUUCAACCAGUGCAGACCACUAUCAGCCUGCACAACCGUGCCUUCUGAUCAUGGUCUGCACUGUUCCGCUAAUCAGUCGGUACAUAUUUUGAAAUUUUCCCUAACACUGAUGAAUGGUAUUGUCUAGAUUAUGUUAAAAAUGGACAAGUCCACUUAGAUAUAUACUAUAAUAUAGGGUGGUAAAGGUUAAGAAAAUCCCAUUAAACUUUCCUAAUGAUAAAUUAAUGCUGAUCUUCAGUGUUGAUAAUUAUCCUACAAUCAAUAAAAUAUGCUUGAAUUCAAUUCAUUUACGAAGGUCUAUGCAAGGUGCUAACACUGUAUACAAACAACAUUAAAAACAUAGAAAUUGAUGUUGAUUUAUAUAUUUUAAGUCACAUGACCUGUGACAAUUAAUCAUACAAAAAAUGUAAUUUUUCGAUAUAAAAUAAAGUGAGAUACUUGUAUAAUGAUAGUACAUGUAUAAUGAUAUAUACUAUACAUAUAUAUACUUCUACAUUAUUACACUAUAACUUUAAUUUUCCUUUUUGGUACAUCAUCACGCUUCAUAACCAUUUAUCUCCUUUAAAAAAUGCCAUUUUGAUUAGUUCCAUCCAUCUUGUUUUAGGGCCAGGCAUUCUUUUACUUUGAUGUUUCUAAAUUCAAAAUUUCACCAUUUUUAUGUGGGAAGUGUUGAAUUCAGGGACAGUAGCUUGCAAAUUUCCUGUAUCAUUCAAUCAAACUGAGCCUGCAACAUUUUCAAUCUUGCACUUUUGGGUGUUCUUUAGGGAUUCUGUUUUUUUUUUCCUCUUACUCAAAGGUUAGCAAGUUGAAUCAUUUCUCCAUAUUUUUUCCCUGAGAAGAAAGAUUAAUAAAACAAUUAUUUUCUCUUAUGUUUCACACAUACUUACAUUAUGACUGGAUGAAUCUUUAAUGUUAAUUGUGUGUCAUUUACAGUUAUAAUUGUUUUCUAGAUAAAAGUUAUAUGUUGACCAUUGUUAUUUUCACAAUAAAGGUCAAACUGAA